UCUAACUGAACGAAAAUAACUUUAUUUUUGAACAUUGAAGGGCAGUGAGGAAAAUUUCUUUCUUCUGUAAGGAAACUGUAAAUUUGAGAAUACUUUUUCACUGCUUUCUACCAAUUUCACGUGCUGGACGUGAGGCGACUAGUUUUGAUUAAACUUAUAUUUUAUAUAGGAUUGUAACCAAAUAGCUUCAAGAUCAUAUUCACGUUUCAUAUAACAUCCGCUAGUUGAUAACAUCUGUGCAACAAGUUUCAAGUGGAAACCAUGAUUGGAUCAUACCCGACCAAAAAGCAUCCCGAAGACGAUCUUUGUAAAUUGCACCACAAAAUAUGCAAAUUAUUCUGCCUGAAUUGCGCAGAAGGAAUUUGCAGCGCUUGUAUGGACAUUGGAGAACAUGACCUCCACCAGGUGUCCAAUUUAGCCGUCGUUUACAGUGAAAAGUUAUCCGUCGUCAAGUCAAAACUGGUUCAGGCGGAAAAAUAUCACAACGGCCUUCGUUCAGGAACCGCGUCCGCUUACGAACGGAAUCUGCGCUUGCUCGAAAAGGAGGAAGCCUUCCAUCGGAAGGAAAUUGAAGCGAUCGCCAAAGAGGCUGAUCUGCAAGUAUCGCAAAUGACGCGUAUCCGUAAGGCAAAGCUCAAGCAGCAGCUGGAACUGACGAUGGAAUGUGACCAAAUUUUGGUGGACAUGCAAAGCAAGGUCGAACAGCUCUCGGCGAACGAGUUCCUGCAGCAGUCUAAGGGUAUUGCCCAGAAGUGUGAUAAACUCAUUGCUACACCGGACGACGUUUCGCUGGAAAGUGUGGACGACAUUGAAUGCCAGCUGAUUCCACCCUAUAAAUUUCAACAGUUCGUGUAUCCCGCAUUCCUGAAGACCAAGACCAAUGCCAUAUAUGACUUCGUGAUGAAAUCCGCUCACGGGGUGGAGUGGAAGUUGACAAUCACUAAGUCGGCAGUCGUUCAAAUCAAACCGAUUCCCACGGAUUCCCAGAUACUGCAAUACCGCCACAUAUUGGUUGUAGUUAUGCCCCAUCGCGAUUACACCAAAGAAAUUCGUCAUACAUUUGUGUUGGAUGGUAAAGCCGCUACAUUCGAUUUGGUAAAAACGGUUCAUAUCGCGGACGAAGGAUUUUGCAACUAUUUGGGCGACUUGGUUAUGAAGAUUGGCAUUCGGCCGCAUAAUUUGCUGAUUGAGAAACAACUGUUAGUACAUCAAUACACACAGAAAAAGGACGCCUGUACAAGUUUGCAAAAACGAUUGCAAUCCAUUACUGACGAAUACGAUUACAAACAUCUUGUCAUGAACUUCAAUCCAAAACUGACCAACCUCCAGAAAGGCGUGUUCCUGUACUCAUAUCGAAUCCGGGAUGACGAGGCCAGACAGUGGUGUUUGAGCGUAAAGUUGAAGUCUAACGGCGUUGUCGGGGCGUAUAUCGAACUCCUCAAGGGAUCUCCCGUCAACUGUAGCUAUUUCAUCGAGUUGAAGCACAGAAAUCCCCUGAAACAGCUGCUCAACACUACAAAAUGCAGAUAUUACAACAUGAAUGGCCGUAAAAGUGCGGCAUGGGGAUGGGAAAUGAUCGCAUGGGAGGAUCUGAGCAAAGACGCCGGAUUUCACCCGGCUGGUAUGUUGCACUUCCGUUUCGGUGUGCGUCCAUUGCCAGUUAUCAAUGUGGUCGCAUAACUAGUGUUCUCGACAUUGACUAGAUAAAAUUCAAUCAGAUGAAAGGUAAGUGUGAUUCUCGCUUUUUAUUAACUUCAUAUUUGUUUCUCUCAUUUCGUGACACUUGUAAGAUAAAAUAAGAUAUAAAAUUACCAGAAUAAACUAACUAAAUCUUUCAACCAA